AUGACAACCGAGGAACCAGGUGUUGGUCCGGGCGACGUCUGGCACGGCGUGGGUGUUAAUAUGCCCGGUUUAUUAAUAAUGGCGGUGGCAACCCUCAUUUUACCUCAUAACUCCUCAUUCUUUAUUUUCACAGUAAAUACCCGUGUAAAGUUUACAUCGGUCAUGUUCCUUGUGGAUAGAGAUGCAGACAAUCCCAAGCUCAGUCCCAUUACUGCCACAGAAUCCCAAGCUCAGUCCAUUACUGCCACAAGAAUCCAAGCUCAGUCCCAUUACUGCCACAGAAUCCAAGCUCAGUCCACUGCUCCCAAGCUCAGUCCAUUACUGCCACAGAAUCCCAAGCUCAGUCCAGCCACAGAAUCCCAAGCUCAGUCCAUUACUGCCACAGAAUCCAAGCUCAGUCCCACUGCCACAGAAUCCCAAGCUCAGUCCCAUCACUGCCAUGAAUCAAGCUCCCAUCACUGCCACAGAAUCCCAAGCUCAGUCCCAUCACUGCCACAGAAUCCCAAGCUCAGUUCCAUUACUGCCAUAGAAUCCCAAGCUCAGUCCCAUUACUGCCACAGAAUCCCAAGCUCAGUCCCAUUACUGCCACAGAAUCCCAGCUCCCCAUCACUGCUCCCAAGCUCAGUCCCAUUACUGCCAACAGAAUCCCAAGCUCAUUCCAUUACUGCCAUAGAAUCUUCAACUCACUCAGUCCCAUCCAGAAAUCAAGCUCCCAUUACUGCCAUAGAAUCCAAGCUCAAGUCCAUUAACUUGCCACCAGGAAUCCCAAGCUUCAGUUCAAUCACUGCCACAGAAUCCAAGCUCAGUCCCAUCACUGCCACAGAAUCCCAAGCUCAGUCCCAUUACUGCCACAGAAUCCCAAGCUCAGUCCCAUCACUGCCACAGAAUCCCAAGCUCAGUCCCAUUAAGCUCAGUCCUCCCAGUCCCAUCACUGCCACAGAAUCCCAAGCUCAGUCCCAUUACUGCCACAGAAUCCCAAGCUCAGUCCCAUUACUGCCACAGAAUCCCAAGCUCAGUCCCAUCACUGCCACAGAAUCCCAAGCUCAGUCCCAUUACUGCCACAGAAUCCCAAGCUCAGUCCCAUCACUGCCACCCAAGCUCAGAAUUACCCAAGCUCAGUCCCAUUACUGCCACACAGAAUCCCAAGCUCAGUCCAUUACUGCCACAGAAUCCCCCAGCUCAAGGCUCAGUCCCAUCACUGCCACAGAAUCCCAAGCUCAGUCCCAUUACUGCCACAGAAUCCCAGCUCAGUCCCAUACUGCCAUAAGAAUCCAAGCCUCCCCAUUACUGCCACAAAUCCCAAGCUCAGUCCCAUUACUGCCCAGAAAUCCCAAGACUCAAUCCCAACAGAAUCUCAGUAACUUGCUUUUGAAUCCCAAGCUCAGUUUCCCAUUACUGCCACAGAGAUCCCAAGCUUCCCAACUGCUCCCAAGCCUCAGUCCCAUCUGUCCCUCACUGCCAUCAGAAUCCCAAGCUCAGUCUCCAUUACUGCCACUCAGUCCCAUAGAAGCUCAGUCCAUUACUGCCAUCCAAGCUCAGUCCCAUUACUACCACAGAAUCCCAAGGCUCAGUCCCAUCAGUCCCAAGUUUCAGUUCCAUACUUGCCACUUCAGUUCCAUUACGCCACAGAAAUCCCAAGCUCAGUUCGCAUUACUGCCACAGAAUCCAAGCUCAGUUCCAUUUACUGCCACAAGAAAUCCCAAGCUCAGUAUCCCAAUGCACAGAUUUCCCAAGUUAGUUCCGAUUACUGCCACCAGAAUCCCAGCUCAGUUCCAUUACUUGCCACAGAUCCCAAGCUCAGUCCAUCACUGCCACAGAAUCCCAAUCAGUUCCAUUACUGCCACAGAAUUCCAGCUCAGUCCCAUUACUGCCACAGAAUCCCAAGCUCAGUCCCAUUACUGCCACAGAAUCCCAAGCUCAGUCCCAUUACUGCCACAGAAUCCCAAGCUCAGUUCCAUUACUGCCAUAGAAUCCCAAGCUCAGCUCCAUUACUGCCACAGAAUCCCAAGAAUCCCAAGAAUCCCAAGCUCAGUCCCAUUUACUGCCAUUGAAUCAAGUCAGUCCCAUUACUCCAACAGAAUCCCAAAGCUCAGUCCCCAUUACUGCCACAGAAUCCAAGCUCAGUCCCAUUUACUGCCACAGAAUCCAAGCUUCAGUCCCAUUACUGCCAUAGAAUCCCAAAUCCAAGCUCAGUUCAUUUACUGCCUAGAAUCCACAAGCUCAGUCUCAUUACUGCACAGAAUCCCAAGCUCAGUCCCAUUACUGCCACAGAAUCCCAAGCACUCGUCCACUAUCACUGCCAUUAAGGCUCAGUUCCAUUCUGCCACCAAAUCCCAAGCUCAGCUCCAUUACUGCCCACAGAAUCCAAGCUUCAGUUUCCAUAGCUUGCCAAACAGAAAUCCCCCAAAGCUCAGUCCCAUCACAGAACUCCACAGGCUCCAGUCACCCAUCCACCGUCGCGCCACAGAUCCAAGCUCAGUCCCAUCUCAACUCGCCACAGGGCAGACUCGCUCUCCAGUUAUUUCUGGGUCUCCCAUCUAA